CUCGCUUCACACACACAGGUGUGGCAAACACAAAAAAGAAAGAGUCCAAAUCACUGAAAAAAUUUCAUCCAAAUAAACCUUGCCAAAUACACAAAAAAUCCCCAAGAAUGGCUGCCACGCUAAAGCCCUACUUGACGGCGGUUCGUCACACGCUCACUGCUGCAAUGUGCCUUGAGAACUUUUCGUCUCAGGUCAUCGAGAGGCACAACAAGCCCGAAGUCGAGGUGAAAAGCAGCAACGAGCUCAUCCUCACGCCCGUCAUAAUAUCGCGCAACGAGAAGGAACGCGUUCUCAUCGAAACCAGCAUCAAUUCCGUGCGCAUCAGCAUCGCCGUCAAGCAGGCCGACGAAAUCGAAAAGAUUCUGUGUCACAAGUUUACGCGUUUCAUGAUGAUGCGAGCCGAAAACUUUAUCAUUUUGCGACGAAAACCCGUCGAGGGGUACGAUAUCAGUUUCUUGAUAACGAACUUCCACACGGAACAAAUGUACAAGCACAAGUUGGUCGACUUUGUCAUUCACUUUAUGGAGGAAAUUGAUAAGGAAAUCAGCGAAAUGAAGUUGGCGGUGAAUGCACGGGCACGAACGUGCAGCGAAGAGUUCUUGAAGCGCUUCUAAAACGG